AUGACGUGUUUCACGCGUGGAUCUAGUGUGGCGUGGCGGGGUGGGGUCAUACCUGGUGGUGCGAUCAUCAUUGGGGAAGCGCUAAGCUGCUCGGCUGCUGUAAAAUCCCUCAUGCCAUCCCACCAUCUCUGCUCCUCAUCCCAUCCCACCAUCUCUGCUCCUCAUCCCAUCCCACCGUCUCUGCUCCUCAUCCCAUCCCACCAUCUCUCCUCCUCAUCCCAUCCCACCAUCUCUGCUCCUCAUCCCAUCCCACCAUCUCUGCUCCUCAUCCCAUCCCACCGUCUCUGCUCCUCAUCCCAUCCCACCAUCUCUGCUCCUCAUCCCAUCCCACCAUCUCUGCUCCUCAUCCCAUCCCACCAUCUCUGCUCCUCAUCCCAUCCCACCAUCUCUGCUCCUCAUCCCAUCCCACCAUCUCUGCUCCUCAUCCCAUCCCACCAUCUCUGCUCCUCAUCCCAUCCCACCAUCUCUGCUCCUCAUCCCAUCCCACCAUCUCUCCUCCUCAUCCCAUCCCACCAUCUCUGCUCCUCAUCCCAUCCCACCAUCUCUGCUCCUCAUCCCAUCCCACCAUCUCUGCUCCUCAUCCCAUCCCACCAUCUCUGCUCCUCAUCCCAUCCCACCAUCUCUGCUCCUCAUCCCAUCCCACCAUCUCUGCUCCUCAUCCCAUCCCACCAUCUCUGCUCCUCAUCCCAUCCCACCAUCUCUGCUCCUCAUCCCAUCCCACCAUCUCUGCUCCUCAUCCCAUCCCACCAUCUCUGCUCCUCAUCCCAUUUCACCAUCUCUGCUCCUCAUCCCAUCCCACCAUCUCUGCUCCUCAUCCCAUCCCACCAUCUCUGCUCCUCAUCCCAUCCCACCAUCUCUCCUCCUCAUCCCAUCCCACCAUCUCUGCUCCUCAUCUCAUCCCACCAUCUCUGCUCCUCAUCCCAUCCCACCAUCUCUGCUCCUCAUCCCAUCCCACCAUCUCUUAUCCUCAUACCAUCCCACCAUCUCUUAUCCUCAUACCAUCCCACCAUCUCUGCUCCUCAUCCCAUCCCACCAUCUCUGCUCCUCAUCCCAUCCCACCAUCUCUGCUCCUCAUCCCAUCCCACCAUCUCUGCUCCUCAUCCCAUCCCACCAUCUCUGCUCCUCAUCCCAUCCCACCGUCUCUGCUCCUCAUCCCAUCCCACCGUCUCUGCUCCUCAUCCCAUCCCGCCAUCUCUGCUCCUCAUCCCAUCCCACCAUCUCUGCUCCUCAUCCCAUCCAACCAUCUCUGCUCCUCAUCCCAUUCCACCAUCUCUGCUCCUCAUCCCAUCCCACCAUCUCUGCUCCUCAUCCCAUCCCACCAUCUCUGCUCCUCAUCCCAUCCCACCAUCUCUGCUCCUCAUCCCAUCCCACCAUCUCUGCUCCUCAUCCCAUCCCACCAUCUCUGCUCCUCAUCCCAUCCCACCAUCUCUGCUCCUCAUCCCAUCCCACCAUCUCUCCUCCUCAUCCCAUCCCACCAUCUCUGCUCCUCAUCCCACCCCUCCAUCUCUGCUCCUCAUCCCAUCCCACCAUCUCUGCUCCUCAUCCCAUCCCACCAUCUCUGCUCCUCAUCCCACCCCUCCAUCUCUGCUCCUCAUCCCAUCCCACCAUCUCUGCUCCUCAUCCCAUCCCUCCAUCUCUGCUCCUCAUCCCAUCCCACCAACUCUGCUCCUCAUCCCAUCCCACCAUCUCUGCUCCUCAUCCCAUCCCACUAUCUCUCCUCCUCAUCCCAUCCCACCAUCUCUCCUCCUCAUCCCAUCCCACCAUCUCUGCUCCUCAUCCCAUCCCACCAUCUCUGCUCCUCAUCCCAUCCCACCAUCUCUGCUCCUCAUCCCAUCCCACCAUCUCUGCUCCUCAUCCCAUCCCCCCAUCUCUGCUCCUCAUCCCAUCCCACCAUCUCUGCUCCUCAUCCCAUCCCACCAUCUCUGCUCCUCAUCCCAUCCCACCAUCUCUCCUCCUCAUCCCAUCCCACCAUCUCUGCUCCUCAUCCCAUCCCACCAUCUCUGCUCCUCAUCCCAUCCCACCAUCUCUGCUCCUCAUCCCAUCCCACCAUCUCUGCUCCUCAUCCCAUCCCACCAUCUCUGCUCCUCAUCCCAUCCCACCAUCUCUGCUCCUCAUCCCAUCCCACCAUCUCUGCUUAUCAUCCCAUCCCACCAUCUCUGCUCCUCAUCCCAUCCCACCAUCUCUGCUCCUCAUCCCAUCCCACCAUCUCUGCUCCUCAUCCCAUCCCCCCAUCUCUGCUCCUCAUCCCAUCCCACCAUCUCUGCUCCUCAUCCCAUCCCACCAUCUCUGCUCCUCAUCCCAUCCCACCAUCUCUCCUCCUCAUCCCGUCCCACCAUCUCUGCUCCUCAUCCCAUCCCACCAUCUCUGCUCCUCAUCCCAUCCCACCAUCUCUGCUCCUCAUCCCAUCCCACCAUCUCUGCUCCUCAUCUUAUCCCACCAUCUCUGCUCCUCAUCCCAUCCCACCAUCUCUGCUCCUCAUCCCAUCCCACCAUCUCUGCUCCUCAUCCCAUCCCACCAUCUCUGCUCCUCAUCCCAUCCCACCAUCUCUGCUCCUCAUCCCAUCCCACCAUCUCUGCUCCUCAUCCCAUCCCACCAUCUCUGCUCCUCAUCCCAUCCCACCAUCUCUGCUCCUCAUCCCAUCCCACCAUCUCUGCUCCUCAUCCCAUCCCACCAUCUCUGCUCCUCAUCCCAUCUCAUCCCAUCCCAUCUCAUCCCAUCCCAUGCCAUGUGACUGUUGUGAUGGUUCAGCCUGCAAAAGGUUAG